UUCGUUGAAGAAGGUCCGUGCUUACAUUCAGCUCCAGAGCCAUCAUCCGUCACGAUGAUGCGUCCCUGUCUGUUAAUUGUGGCAAUGGUUGCCUUGGAGUUGUUUAUGGUGGAAGCGUCUCCAAAAGAAAUACUACAACGCUGGAAGAUUCGGCACGGGCAUGAGCAUCGGCAAUUUGAGUUCAAAGCAAAGACAAAAAACAAACAAUCUGGCGCAGAUGCAUCGAAAUCUAAAACUAACUCCCAGAAUGGUGAAUCUAUUCCCAAGAAACCUUUAGCAAAUCCUGAAGCGCAUAUCGCAACUACAGAGGAUGCCGACAUUGGAGAGGCAGAUCGUUCAAAUGCAACUAGUACAGUUGGUAUUGUCGGUGUUUGGGAGCUGGGCACUACUGUUUCGCCUAAUGAUGUUUACGAAAUAACAGGCACUGUAGAAGAAAUGCCCUCGGAUGAAGAUGCAAUUACGAUUGGUAUUGCCGACGUUGAGGAGGUGGACACUACGAAUUCGCCUAAUGUUGACGAAAUAACGGCAACUGUAGAAGAAAUGCCCUCGGAUGAAGAUGCAAUUACGAUUGGUAUUGCCGACGUUGAGGAGCUGGGCACUACUGUUUCGCCUAAUGUUGACGAAAUAACGGCAACUGUAGAAGAAAUGCCCUCUGGUGAAGAUGCAAUUACGAUUGGUAUUGCCGACGUUGAGGAGCUGGGCACUACUGUUUCGCCUAACGUUGACGAAAUAACGGCAACUGUAGAAGAAAUGCCCUCUGAUGAAAAUGCAAUUACGAUUGGUGUUGCCGACGUUGGGGAGGUAGGUACAACGAAUUCGCCAAAUGAUGUUGACGAAAUGACAGGCACUGUAGAAGAAAUGCCCUCUGAAGAUGCAAUUACGAUUGGUAUUGCCGGCGUUGGGGAGGUAGACAUAACUGCUACUGAGAAAGUGCUAUCUGGUGAAGGGAACGAACCUGUACACACUACUCAAUCAAGCUCUUCUUCCAGUGAAGGGGCUAAACCAGAAAAUGACGCUGAUUUGGUACAGGCUAAUUCAUUACACUGUGAUAUGGUGGAGGGAUUCGUCGAAACAUUGAAAGGCGUAAUCGACGAGUGUACUUCAUUUGAGAAAUGUACCAUGUACUGUGUUCAUAGUGAUAACGGCGUGUGUAACGAUGGCGGACCAGGAAGUACAAUGAAAGACUGCGAGUACGGCACGGAUUGCGCAGACUGUGGACCACGACCAGCCGUAUGCUCUAACGAAUGUGUAUGGGCGUACGAUGGUAUAUGCGACGAUGGUGCUACAGAGAGCUGUCUGAGCUUGUGCCAUUAUGGAAGUGAUUGUGGAGAUUGUGGUGCCAGGCCUGUAGUGUGCACUAAUGAUUGUACUUGGGAUUAUAACGGAGUCUGUGACGAUGGCGGUCCCGGUAGCGUUUACGACCAUUGCGAAUUUGGUACAGAUUGUGCCGACUGUGGAUUCCGCAAACCCUGAAUUACUAAUGCAAUAUACAAAUAAUGUAGUUUAUUUCUGCAGUGUGAUCAGUUCUUGUAAAUGUAUAUAGUAUGAUGUACAUUUUGUUAUAGUUAAUGUAUUUUUUUUUUAAAUACUUAAUGGAAUUUGUCUACAAUAUUUCUAUAUCAAAGUUGUAUACCGAGAGCGUAACUGAACAAGGUGUUAACAUUAACAAAUAGUUCAUCUGUCAGCAUGUGUUGCUCUUACACGCCAUAAGCUAUGAAUACUAGUAACUAUGUACCACGAUGAAUUUAAAAAAAAUAAACAAUUUCGCAAUAUGAA